UUAUAAUCGGCAUCACGUGCUAAAACAGCUGAUCAGAAUAUCUUAUCAUUGAGAAAUGUGAAGAUAACAAUUACCUUCUUAAUAUACAUGUUAAUAUUUAUACACGUAAUUAUAAUUUAAAAUGAAUAUUUUUGUAAAAUUAGAUGAAAAUGAAAUCGAAAUGAUCAAGAAUAUAAAAAUUAACUUUGAGGUUAUUUCAUUUUCAAAGAAAUCUUAAAAUUAUCUCUGCAAAUUGAAGUUACGAGUUAUCAUUUUUCAAGAUUAAUUCAGAAGGAUGACUAUUCUUUGUAAAUUUCUUGCAACUAAUAUUAUUCGUCAUAAAUCCAUUUAUCUUUCUACUUCUGUAAGGCAAAAAUGUGUACAUACAAUUUGGACCUCAUCGAGAAAUGUAUCAAAAAAACCAUGUACUUUAAUUGGUUUACGAUAUCAAACAACAAAAGUUUUAAAAACAGAUGUUCAAAAUGCCCCUAAAAAUGUGAUAUUAAAAACAAAAAAACAAUCGGAUCUUAAAAAAUUGAUUAUAUUGGCUGCACCUGAAAAAUGGAGGUUAUUAAGUGCUAUUGCUUUUUUAAUAGUAUCAUCUACUGUAACGAUGGCAGUUCCUUUUUGUCUAGGAAAAGUAAUUGAUAUUAUUUAUAAUGUGAAUGUAGACAAAAUGACAGAAAAAUUAAAUCAAUUAUGUAUUGUUUUAUUUGGAGUAUUUAUGAUUGGUGCUAUAAGUAAUUUUUGUCGUAUUUAUCUAAUGUCAACUGCAGGCCAUAGAAUUACAUAUACUUUAAGGAAAAAAGCAUACACAGCAAUCCUCAGUCAAGAGACAGCAAUGUUUGAUACGAAGAGUACAGGAGAACUUGUUGGAAGAUUAACAGGAGAUGCUCAAUUAGUAAGUUAUGCUGUUACUAGCAAUGUAUCUGAUGGCUUAAGAUCUUUAAUUAUGACGACAAGUGGAAUAUCAAUGAUGUUUUAUAUAUCACCGCAGUUAGCUCUUGUUGGUUUGUCAGUAGUACCUAUAGUUGCUGGUAUAGCUAUCAUUAAUGGACGUUACUUGAAAAAAAUCUCAAGAAAUGUACAAGAUAGUUUGGCAGUAUUAAAUACAGAGGCAGAAGAAAGAAUUAGUAAUAUAAGAAUUGUCAAAGCUUAUGCGCAAGAAAUUCAAGAAGUUAAAAGAUAUAGUUCUAAAUUACAAGACGUUCUUAAAUUAUGUUAUAAAGAAAGUUUAUAUAGAGGGAUAUUUUUUGGUAUGACAGGUUUAUCUGGGAAUGUAAUUAUAUUAUCUGCACUCUAUUAUGGUGGAGUUAUGGUAUCUGAUUCAACUAUAACAAUUGGAAAUUUGAGUGCUUUUCUAUUAUAUGCGGCAUACGUAGGAAUAUCAUUGAAUGGAUUAUCUUCAUUUUACAGUGAAUUGAACAAAGCUUUGGGCGCAAGUUCACAUUUAUUUGAAUUAAUUGACAGAAAACCAAAAAUACCUAUUAAAGGUGGUAAAAUAUUGGAGAACGAAUUGACUGGUGAUAUUAUAUUUCAAAAUGUUAAUUUUUCAUAUCCUACAAGACAAAAUUCGCUUAUUCUUCGUGAUUUUAAUUUACAUAUACCAAAACAUUCAAUAACUGCUAUUGUUGGUUCCUCUGGCUCUGGAAAAUCUACAGUAGCUAUGUUAUUAUUAAGACUUUAUGAUCCAUGUAAAGGAAGUGUAUUAUUGGAUGAUCAUGAUCUCAAAGAGCUCGAUCCAAUUUGGGUAAAAUCACAAAUUGGAGUAGUUCCUCAAGAACCAAUUCUCUUUAGUGGUACUAUAAAGGAAAAUAUUCUUUAUGGUACAGAAAAUGUAACAGAACAUGAAAUAGAAGAAAUUUCAAAGAAGGCACACGUUUUAGAAUUUACAAAUAAAAUGAAAGAUGGUUUAAAUACUAUUGUUGGAGAAAAAGGCAUUACACUUAGCGGAGGUCAAAGACAGAGAAUUGCUAUUGCAAGAGCUUUAGUGAAGAAACCUAAAAUUUUAAUUUUUGACGAAGCGACUAGUGCAUUAGAUGCAGAAAGUGAACGUUUUGUUCAAGAAGCAUUAGAACAUGCUACUCAUGGGAAAACAGUACUUACUAUAGCUCAUAGACUUAGUACAAUAAAAAAUGCUGACAAAAUUGUGGUAAUAGAUCAAGGAGAAGUUGUAGAAAUAGGAACAUAUAGUACCUUAAUGAGUUUGGAACAAGGUUACUUUAAAAACUUGGUAAAACAUCAAGCUUUUACAUAAAUUAAAUUAAAUUGACAUGUAGAUUUUUUAAAUGCAAUUUUUUUUUGUAUACUGUACAUUCGUGUAUAUUAAGUAUAUUAU